AUGACUCGGGUCUUCCGUUCUUACAGACCAGAUGUAUGGAUUUUAGUAUUUGUGAUAUUUGUCAGCGUGGAAAGUUUUCUCAUGUUUUACUCCAAACUGAGUCGGUGCAACUCGGUGACGGACAAAGCCCAACUAGUUUCCACAUCGAAGGAAUUGGAGGGGAUUCGGCAGUUCAAAAGUAUGGUAGAAUCGGGACAAAUGUUGGAAAACGCCAGCCAGGAAGUAUAUGGACCAGGGGAAUAUGGUCGAGCUUUUCAAAUUGAGACAGAUGACCUCGGCCCCAUGGAUAGCAUCAAAUAUAAGGCAGGUUACGACGAGCAUGGAUUUAAUGAAUAUGCCAGUGAGCUUAUCUCCCUUCACCGGAAGUUACCGGCAUUUUUGCAGGAUUCCAGGUGUAAGGCUAUCCAGUACCCUAAUGACUUGCCCACCGUCAGUGUCAUUAUUCCAUUCCGUGACGAAGCCUGGAGUACUCUACUGAGAACUGUCCAUUCGGUGCUUGACCGAUCUUCUCCUAGACACCUCAAGGAGAUCAUCUUAGUGGACGACAACUCCACACUCCCCCAUCUGAAGCAGAAACUGGACUUGUACGUGGAACAGCUGCCUACAGUCUACCUCUUACGACUUACCAAGCCCUUAGGACUUAUGAUGGCUAGACAAGCCGGUAUUGAGCACGCGCGCUAUGACGUCAUCGCCGUUAUGGAUUCGCAUGUGGAAGUUGCCGAAGGCUGGCUGGAGCCACUACUGCACCCAAUCUAUCUGAACAACAAGGUCAUGACCUUUUCGCGGGUUGAUACGAUCAACAGAGACAACUUCCACUAUUCAGCAGGAGAUCUGGAUCGAACAUUCCUAGUUCCAAAUUUCGACUUUUACCUCAAUAUGGUAUUUUCCGAGCUGACGACCGAGUAUGAAGCUAAACGGGUGCGGCGCACAGAUCCCGUGUUAUCACCAACAAUACAGGGAUGGAUGUUUGUCAUGCGGAGGGACUUCUUUUUGGAGCUUGGAGGAUUUGAUCCUGGCAUGAACGUCUGGGGAGCGGAACAAUUUGAGCUAUCAUUUAAGGUAUGGAUGUGUGGCGGUCGUAUAGAGAUGCCUCCCUGCUCUCACGCCGGCCAUGUCUACAGGAAUGUUAAGUGGAGGAACUGGUCAGCUCUCAUGACGAACAACUACCGUGUGGCCGAGACUUGGAUGGACGAAUACGGGGCCAUACACAAGGAGAGGACCGGCUGGUCAGGGGUUGGUGGAGAUGUUUCAGACCGCAGAGCUAUACGUGAAAGAUUAGGGUGUAAAAGUUUUUCCUGGUAUCUAGAUAACAUCGCACAAUUUGUGCGCAUGUAUAUACCCAAAAAUCGCAAGGCGAAAGGGUCGAUCAAGAACGGCGCACUGAAUCUGUGCAUUACAAGUGUUCAUCAUGGUGAGAGAGAGUACACUCCGCAGCUCAUGAGAUGCCAACGGGGAUUUGGAUUUGAUUGGGAUUUGUCUGACGAAGACGAGCUUCGUCACCAGUACCAGUGUUUUGACGUGAAGAGCGACGGUCAAGUUGUCACUAUGGUCUGUGGUAACAAUGGACCGAAGUCCAGUCAGAAAUGGAAUUACACACAAGCAAACACACUCCAACACGUGACCUCACGGAAAUGUUUGUCUGCUCCAUCUGACGCCAAACUUGGAUCUGCUCUGGAAAUGGUGGACUGUGACGUCACGUCGUCACGUCAGCAGUGGAUAUGGACGCGCAUUGGCUGAUGACAUGGACACGGACCGCUUUGGACAGGUUGUGAUACCGACUACGCGACCACAAUGAAGCAAAGAGGUCCGCAAACAGGACGAACAAGACUUUUAGUGAUUAGGACAGUCUAUAUAAACUCCAUGAGAAAAACAUUUGCUUUUCCAUAGAACCUUCCGAACUGUCAAUCAAGAACACGCAACUGACCAAUCAUAUCCAGUAUUGUUGCAAAUAGGUCAAUUGGAUAUCUCACACAUGGGUUACAAAUGUUUAAUUUUUCUGUAACGUCAUGACGUCACAAAUGCUUUCACCGGAAAUGGAAUGAAAACCUACUGAAGCGUGCAUCCCUUCG